UUCGUGUUUGCAGCGUCGGCGGCGGGAGAGACGGUGAGGGGCAGGAGACUCGGGGCGGUUGGAAGCCGUGUCCUCGGCCCCCGGGACGGAUGAAGCUCCCUCUUCUUGCCGUGUUUGCUCUGGUGUCUGUGGCUCACUGCGAGGAUGGUGCCAGGCUCCUGGCCUCCAAAUCCCUGUUAAACAGAUAUGCAGUGGAGGGCAAGGACUUGACUUUGCAGUACAACAUCUACAACGUUGGCUCCAGUGCUGCCCUAGACGUGGAGCUGUCGGAUGAUUCCUUCCCCCCAGAAGAUUUUGGCAUCAUCUCUGGCAUGCUCAGCGUCAAGUGGGACAGAAUUGCUCCAGCAAGCAAUGUGUCCCACACUGUGGUUCUACGGCCUCUCAAGGCUGGGUACUUCAACUUCACCUCUGCCACCAUCACAUACCUGGCACAGGAGGGUGCCCAGAUGGUGGUUGGCUUCACCAGUGCUCCUGGGCAGGGAGGAAUCCUGGCUCAGCGUGAUUUCGACAGGAGGUUCUCCCCUCACUUCCUGGACUGGGCAGCAUUUGGCAUGAUGACCCUGCCUUCCAUUGGGAUUCCCCUGCUGCUCUGGUACUCGAGCAAGAGGAAGUAUGACACCCCCAAGAGCAAAAAGAACUGAGCAGAGUCCAGUGCUAGCAGCAGCAGCCCAGAGCUCGGGAAAGGACACCCCCGAACCCCCAAGAACAGCGGCUGGGUCGGGAUCCAUCCCCCGCCAGGUGCUGCCUGCGUGGUGCUUCAGCCCUCUUGGCAAAGGAUUCGGUGGCUGCAGCAGCAGCUGUGAGGUGUCCUCUGUGUUCGAAUGGAGAAACAAGCAAACAGAAAAAAGAACAACCAGAAGUCCCAAACUGCCUUGUCCAACCCCUUUGGAGGCAGAACCCCUCUCUCCUCUGCAGCUGCAGCAAUCCAAGCAGCGAAGCAUGUUAGUGCCCAGAGGGGCCUGUCUGUGGGGCUCUGCCCCCUGUGCUGCCUCCAGCUCCCAUUUGCCUGCUGCAGUUUUCUGCAGGGUGUCAUAUCUCAGGGUCCCCUCCAGGUGCUGCCUGCCCUGUGGGACGGAGAUUGCUCUGGUGAUGCCACAAACCUGAUUUGAUAGAAGAUGUCGUAGCUGCUGCCUUGUCCUGUUGAUGCUGUUCUCUGACCCACCAGCCUGCCCAGGUCCAUGGUGGGCUUGUAAAGCCAUGAGGGUGGAGUGCAGGGAGGAGGAUGAGGGUUAAAUUCCUCAAGAAUCAGGUGCACAGGCUGGGAAACUCUCUGUGCACUGGGGAUGCUCUGCUUAACUACACCCACUCACAGCCACCUCCCCAUGACAGGCUGCAGCUUUCUGCUGACAGUGGAUCAGGACAUGUUCUCUGCCAUCAGCUCGUUUCCUGUGCCUUUCUCUGACCCUCUGUCCCUUGGGAUGACACUGAACCACCCGGGACACAAAAUGGCCGUUGGUGGCUGAGGAGGGCUAAGGGCCCUGCUAAGAGGGGACACUGGAGUCCAGGGCACGGGCUCAGUCGGUUCCAGCAGCAGCUGGAUCCAGCAUUCCCAGUCUGCAGUAGGGGACUUUGCUGAGGCACAGAGCCAAGGGUGGGGAGCUGAAUCACAGCAACCUCACCAAGCCUUGCUGUGUCUUCAGCCAUUACAAGGCCUUGGGGGGCUGGGGGGCUCCCCCUUCUUAUUUUCCAUAAUUCCCAGGCCUGGUGGACAUGCAGUAUUGUCCCUCAAAUUCUUGUGGCUGUGUCAGGGGUCUUCCCACUGCAAGACUGAAGUCCUCAUGUUUGCAGAGAACCCUUUUGGAAUUUUUCUGCCAGUCCUGGCAGCACAGUGUCACCAUGUCCCCCUCCAGCAGUGCCUGUAGCAGCCUCUGCAGCACCAGCCAGUCUGAGGGACAUGGGACCUGUCAUACCUGAUGUGACCAGUGACCACCCAUUGGAUAACAUCCAGCACAUGGAUGCUCUGGGAUGUCCCCAGAGCAGGGGUCAGGCUCUGGUCACACCAGGGGGAUGACCCAUGAAGCUGAGCCUACCCAGAACCCUCAGGGUCCCCACGGGUGCCAGGCUGGGGACACAAAUGCCCAUCUGAGACUCUCACAGGGGGGCUGACCACUGCCAGGUCUGUCACACAUGUAGGUGCCACUCUCAGUGACAGUGAAGUUGCCAUGUCCCUCCUGCCCCCAGCACCACCCGUCCUUGUACUAGGCGGUGGCACCAGUGAGCCCUGGCAGGUCAGUGUCACCCGGUCCCACAGCACCACUAGCCUCCAGGGGGUCUCCACGAGAAGCUGGGUGGUCUGGGCGCCUGUGGGUGACAAGGGACACCAGUCUGCCAGGGCUGGUGUGGGGCUGGGGACAGUGGGAUGGGGACAUGGCAUCCCCUGAGCACUCACCAGCGAGGCCGAGGGUCUGGGCUGGAAGGGAGAAGGGACAGGGCUGGGUGCGGGUGAAACUGCAGGUACAGAGGCAGAAGGGCAUGGGGUGUGGGGGCUGUCCACAGUCUGUCCUUGUGUGGCAUGGACCCCUUGGAGACAGGGACACUGUGGCCACCCCAUAGUGAGGCAGGGCACAGGGACGCUGUAGACACCCCCGAAAUGGCAAUACCAUGACCACGCUGUACUGUCACAGGUCACCCCCACCAGCCCCCUGAUGCCUCCCUGAAUCCUUGUCCCACCAUUAAGGUCCCCACCUUCCUGCCCCUAUGACCCCGGUCACCUCACCUCCUUGUCCCCACAACACUUUCUUUUUCCUGGACAAGAAGGAAGAGGCUGUUUGUGCUGAGAGUCAGAUGGGAAAGGGGAGCAGACUCUGUCCUGGAGGGCACAUCCAGGGGGGUCCUGUCCUGGGUUCACCUGGGGGAAACCAGUCCAGGGGGUGACACAUCAUGGCAUGGGGGGUCCUGUCCCUAGAAGUGGCGGUGCCACCUGUUGAAGAGGUGGCACAUCUUCGGGACCCCUGUCUAUCCAAGUGUGGGGCCCAGCCAUGGCCCAGCCCCACUGCACAGGGAUGGCCAUUGCCCAGCCCUGCUCUGCCCAGCCCCAGGUGGUAGCCACCACCUGAGGGUCUCCCCUGCCCGCUUGGCUUUGAUUCUGGCAGCUUUAGAGCUGCUGCAGAGGUGAGAAUUCUGUGGGUGGAAAAAGGCCUGGCUGUGGUUUGCUCAGCCCUGCAAGAAGCACAAAGCCCAAAGGGAGCCCAAGCAGUGGCUCUGUGAGGGCCUUUGAUGGUUUUCAGAGCAGGGCUGGCUGGAAACCCGCCAUGCAAGGGCAGCUGUGAGGGAACCAGUCUGGAAAUGCAGCAAUUGAUUCCUCUUGGUAAGGGACUGCGAGAACAACAAAACUACUGAAAUCCCACAACAAUCUGCUCAACAACCUGACCUGGACCCUCCUUCUCCUUCCUGCUGGAUGCCCCACACCCACCACAGCCCCUGUCUCACUGCCCUCUGCAUCUGGAUGGGGAGAGAAAAUUGAACAAAAGGUUCCUGGUUUGAGACAAGGACCAGGAGAGAUCACUCAUCAAAUCCUGUCACGGGAGAUGCAGGCUCAGAAUUAGCAACAUGAAUUGAAUAUUUACUGACCAAAUCAGAGCAGGAUAAGGAGAAGUCAAAUAAACCCUUCAAAAUACCUUCCCCCCACCCCAAACUCCUUCCUGGGCUCGCUCUCCUCCCUCCAGCGGUGCAGGGAGAUGGGAAGGGGGGCCCCGGGCAGUUCAGCACAGGUUGUUUUCUGCUGCUGCUCAGGCAGAGUAGUUGCAGUCCUUGCCUCCUCCACCAGACUGGGGUCCCUGCCUUCCACGGGAGUCUCUUCUCCAGCGAUUUCUCCAGCGGGAGUCCUUCCUGCGGGCUGCGGCUCUGCCCCAGCUGCUCCAGGCUGAGGCCCUUCCUUGCCCAGGCUCAGUGCCCCAGGAACUGCUCAAGCAGGGGCUGCCCACGGGCUCACAGCUCCCUUCAGGCAUCCUCUGCUCGGACAGGGGCUCCUGCAGGGCUGCAGGGGGGUGUCUGCUCCCUGGGGACCCCCACAGGCUUUGGGCGAAUCUCUGGAGACCUUCAUGCCGCUCCUUCCUUCCUACAGGGCUGUUCCUCUCGCAGCCUCGGAGUGAAAACCCCGUGUCGUGGGUUUACAGGAAGCAGGUUUUCUGGGAAUGGAGUGGCCAGAGGCCAAUAGGUGUUCAGAUUUUAAAUUGACACCAGGCUUGGCCACUGA